GUGCAUAUAUGAAGGCUGGAUCUUGCAAUGAACCACUGAGGGUCUCGAGGCAUCCUUAACACAUCAGAUACAGGAGAGUUUCAGUGCUGAGUACAGAGAGGACAUUAAACCGCACGAUGAGUUCAUCUGAAGAAUAUAUUAAUGGCCAUGUCCACCUGGAAGAAUAUGAGUCAGAUGGCAAGCUGUUCCUUACUGAGGCUUUCAAUGUGAUUAUGGAGGAGAUACUUCACAAAGGAACUGACUUGAAGGAGAAGGUGUGUGAGUGGAAAGAUCCAGAUCAACUGAGAGCUCUUCUGGAUCUUGAUCUCAGAGAACAUGGAGAAUCUCACGAGCAGCUACUGCAGAGGGUCCGAGAUGUGGCGAGAUACAGCGUUAAAACCUGUCAUCCUCGGUUCUUCAAUCAGUUGUUUGCUGGCGUGGACUACCAUGCAUUGACAGGACGGCUCCUCACUGAAACCCUCAACACCAGCCAAUACACCUAUGAAGUGGCUCCGGUGUUUGUCCUGAUGGAGGAGGAAGUGCUCCGUCAGCUUCGCUCUCUGGUUGGCUGGUCAGAAGGAGAUGGGAUAUUUUGUCCCGGGGGUUCAGUGUCCAACAUGUACGCCAUGAACAUCGCACGAUACUGGGCCUUCCCUCAAGCGAAGACACAAGGCUUGUGGGCCACACCACGCAUGGCUAUAUUUACAUCACAACAGAGUCAUUACUCAAUGAAAAAAGCUGCUGCUUUUCUUGGUAUCGGAACAGACAAUGUUUUCAUUGUACAAGUGGAUGAGAGCGGCAGCAUGAUACCAGAGGACCUGGAGGCAAAAAUUGUGCAAGCAAAAUCAAAAGAUGCUGUCCCAUUUUUCGUUAAUGCCACAGCGGGUACCACAGUGCAGGGCGCCUUUGAUCCUCUGAACCACAUAGCUGACAUAAGUGAAAGAAACGGCAUGUGGAUGCACAUUGACGCCGCUUGGGGAGGAAGCGUGCUGUUUUCCAAAAAACACAAACAUCUGGUUGCAGGAUUAGAAAGAGCAAACUCUGUGACUUGGAACCCUCACAAAAUGCUUCUAGCGGGAUUGCAGUGCUCUGUGAUUUUGUUUAGAGAUACCACGAAUCUGCUAAUGCACUGUCACAGUGCCAACGCAACCUACUUAUUCCAGCAAGACAAGUUCUACGAUACAAGUCUAGACACGGGAGACAAAUCUAUCCAGUGUGGCCGCAAGGUGGAUUGUUUGAAGCUCUGGUUAAUGUGGAAAGCAAUAGGAACACAUGGGCUUUCAGAGCGAGUGGAUAAGGCCUUUGCCCUCGCAAGGUAUUUAGUUGAAGAAAUGGAGAAAAGGGAGAAUUUCAAGUUGGUCUGUAAGGGGCAUUUUGUGAACGUUUGCUUCUGGUUUAUUCCACCCAGUAUGAAAGGGAAGGAGAACAGUCCGGAUUACCAGGAAAGGUUAUCAAAGGUGGCGCCAGUCAUCAAAGAGCGAAUGAUGAAGCGUGGAACAAUGAUGGUGGGAUACCAGCCCAUGGAUGGACGCGUCAACUUCUUCCGUAUGGUUGUUCUUUCUCCUCAGCUGACCACCAAGGACAUGGAUUUCUUCCUUGAUGAGAUAGAAAAACUAGGGAAGGACCUGUAGUUAGUUUGAAUGUCAGUGGUCUACCAAUAGACAAUGUCACAUUAACCCCUCUCAUCUUGAUAUUUUUAAUUUGUGAUUUUCUAAAGGUUGCUAAAAUGUUGACUUGUAAGCGGUACACAAUACUGACUUCAAUGAUUAAGCCAGCAAAUAAAUGUGCGUGAAUGAAUCUCAUAGAUUCUGGCCCACGUAGGUAUGGAAUUCAUUUGGAAAACCCAAUUUAGAUCUUAGGGCUUUUACUAAUUUUACUAAUUUACUAAUCAUCUGUAUUAAAUAAGGGCGGCAUCCAAAAUGUGCACUGCAGGGGCCUCCAGGACCAGGAUUGAGAAGCACUGUGAAACUGUGUCACCAAAACUGAAUGUGCAAAAUGAUUUACAGGCAGAAAGCGU